UCUUCUUAGAUUUCAUCUCUGCGUGUGCACCAGUAUGUAUGUGUGUAUGUGUGGGUACGUGCGCACAUGUGCACAUGCGUGCGUGCACGUUUAUCUAUACAUGCAGGGAUCAAAAGUUCCUGUUAAAAUGGCAAAAGCUGAAAAGUGGUCCUUUGGGUCGACCAAAUUGUAUGUUUGAGUUUUUGCGUCCAUCUUGUUUGUGCGUGCGUGUACGUCGUCUGCGUUGACUUGUGAUCCGUCAUACAACCCGCCUUCACCUCAACUUUAGCUGGGCAGUGGGCACACAUGCUCGUCACUGAUUGGCUGGCUGUUGAGUGAUCUGGGCACUGGCAGCUCGGCUUCCUGCUGGGUGCUCUGAAGGAGACACUUUAGCCUCUAGCCCAGAUAAAGCUAACACGGGGUGACUCGCUGGUAGGCCUGACUAGCCUACAUUCCCAAAUAGGUGGCAUAGUUUGAAUUACGAAGAGGAUAGUGGGGUGUGGAAAACCUGGUAGCCUGGAGGUGCCGCGGCUCAGUGGGCUAAGGUGCUGUACCAUUACACCUGUGACCCGUGUUCGGUUCUGGCCUGAAGUCGUUUCCGUAAUAAUUUCCCUCCGUAAUCCUUCCCACUUAUUUCCUGUCACCGUCUUUGCCUGUCCUGUCUCAGUGAAAGGCUAAAAAGUACAAAAAUAAAUAUGUAAAAAACCUGGUGGUAGCCCAAAAAGAGAUAAAAGACAUAUGACAGGACUUCGGGUUACCUGUGGGAUUGGGGUCGCAUACUCGUGACAAAGGGUUGUAAUUCCUGCAAAAGGAAUUCAUGACUUACCACAGUAUAUGGAAAUACUCCAGCCAAAAACCGGUUCCCCUAAAAAAAACAGGUUUCGGUGUACCAGUAUAUUUAGGUGGUGGGCCCAGUCUCAUAUCUUGUCAGUUCGUUGGUGUUAACGAGUGGCAACUUUAUUUUUGCUUAUAUAACCCCCUGACAACCCAUUAAACAAUAUUUUGGCUGUUGCCAUCCUCAAAACUUGCACAUUGAUUUAUAAAAAUGACAAGAAAAACUAGCCGACCGAGUGACGUCACGUCAAUGCAAAGUCAACGAGGCAGAAUACAGCUAGCGCGUGCAUGCUACCCGGAACCGUCAGAUUUCAUGGCAAAAAAUGACAAGUUGGGGGGUAAGUGGGCUCACUUGUUGUGUAGGCCCUACAUGCAAAAAAAAAAUAUUUUUCUCAAACUUUCAGGAGUGCUCUUUUUCGCUGUUAGUGUUCGACUGUCUGACCAUUAUUGGGCAACGAGAGAUAAAUGUCAAAAAGAUGACAGGUCUGUUCCCUCAAAGCAAUAGAGCAAUGAGGUGACGGGGGUAGAUCAAUUCGCCAAAAAACUAUGUGUCAGUAAAGAAAUGCAAGCUGUGUUAUUUUUUCCAGUAACAGGAAAAUGGUCAGGAAUGAAAUGCCUACGUUGUUUCAAUGAUUAGGUGAAUUAUCUGCCUAUGAAAAAAGCCCGAUAUGCGGAUAAAUAUUCCCUUUUCAACUUUGAGGGGCGGAGACUUCCCAUUGACUGUGCAUUAUGUGACGUCACCCCCAGUCUUUUUUAUUUUCGUUAUUUUUUAAGAUCAACGUGCAACUUUUCAGCGUGGCAACAGCCAGAAUAUUGCUUUACAUAUUGUCAGGAGGUCAUAUUAGAAAAAUCAAGUUGCCACUCGAGAGUGAGAACGAAACUCAUGUUCUAAAGGAGCUACGAAAUCUAGCCCACCGUCUAAUUCAUGUAAAAUGUAAAAGGCUGUAUAGCUUACCCUCUAAUUAUGGAGAGAUCAACCUAAUUCACUCUCUAGUAGUAGUACUGCCCUGACACAUUUAUCCACAGCGACUUACCAUUAUAUACAGGGUAGGUUACAGUCCCUGUAGCAAUGUGGGGUUAGGUGCCUUGCUCAAGGCCACUUCAGCCAUGGAUGGAGGUGUAGGGAGAGGCAAGGGUUGGAUUCAGACAUGCAACCCUCUGAAGACCACCUCCACCACCUUAACCAUUAGGGUCAAGUCUUCUCUGCAAGUAUUAGUAGUAAAUGCAGCUUCUCACUUUAGUUCUUCUAGCACAUGGCUCUUGGGAAUGUACCUUACUUAACAAGCAGUGGAAUGCCCCCCUCCCUUUACGAUCCUGGGAAUAUGCAGUUAAAAGGCUUCGGGGGGGAAGACAGUGCAAAGACGGUAACAUGAGAUUGACACACUCGUGUCAAUGUUCACAGAAUUGACCAGCAAGCGAGGAAGUUUGUGUGUGUGUGUGUGUAUGUAUGUACAGUAUGUAUGUGUUUGUGUGAACGUCUGUGUGUGAGCACACACAAAAAUGGUGUAAACGCACAGUGUGUUUGCAGGUUGACAUGGAGUUCACUGUCACACUCUCAUGUGGACGCACUUACAUAAGAAUCCUUACAUAAGGACUGCACUGGCCCCUACAUCAUAGGGGAGGUGUGUGUGUCCGUCCAUGCGUUCGUGCGUGUGUGUGUGUGUGUGUUGGGGGGAGGUGGCCUAGUAUUAAAGCCAGUGCGUUGACUGGAUUUGUUGUUCACAUCUGUGCAACCCGGUGGUCAUCAGCUGUCCACUCCUGUACGCUCUCUGCCUCUCUCUCUCUCUCUCUCUUUCCUCUACCAUCUCUCCAUUUUUAAGUUCCCUUCUUCCUCACUUUCUUCUCUCUGUCUCUCUCCUCCUCAUAUCCUCUUGUCAAUCGUUCCAUUCUUGCUCUCUUUUUAUUUCUUUCUCUCCUUUCGUCUUCUGCCAUCCAUCCAUUUUUAGUUUCCCCUCUCUGUCUCCCAUUCUCACGGCUCUUCUUAUCCUUCCUCUGGUCGCUUCUCUGUGACCGUUUUCGCCCUUCAUCACUGAUACAGUUUCCUGUGCACUACGCGCUUGUGUAUUCUGCACUGCGUGUAUGCGUGUAUGUGCUUGUGUAUUCUUCUGUCUGCCUCUUCUGUCUGCCUCCUCCUCUGCCAUCUUCCCAUCCCCACUCUGCUCCCUCCAUCUGUCCAAGCGGACGCAGAGAUACAGCUGCCGUGGUUAGCCGAGGUGUGUGCGCGCGUGUGUGUGUGUGUGUGUGUGCGUGACAGGUCUGUGUUAAGAGUGUGUGUUUUGCGGAAGUCGUAUUGCGGUGUGUGUAUGUGUGAAGCCGUAGUAGUGUUGAGAGUGCAAGAUGGUGCUGGCGCUGGAGCAGAGUUUGUGUGAUGGAGAGGAUCCCAGUGGAGCGUCUGGCUGGCCCAGACUGCAGGCACCGCUCAGCGCAGCAGCGAUGCAGCAGGUAUUGGAUAAUCUGGGCGAGCUUCCCUCCUCCACCGGAGCCAAGGACAUCGACCUGAUCUUCCUGCGCGGGAUCAUCGAGAGUCCAAUCGUACGUUCCCUGGCCAAGGCUCACGACCGUCUGGAGGAUGUGAAGCUGGAGGCGGUGCAGGACAACAAUGUGGAGCUGGUGAACGACAUCCUGGGAGACAUCAGCACCCUCACCGUCCGGGACGAGAGCGCCUCGGAACUCUCCAAAAUACUGCAGGAGCCGCACUUCCAGUCCCUGAUGGAGGCCCACGACAUGGUGGCGUCCAAGUGCUACGAGACCCCGCCCCCUCAGGACAUGACCAAUGACGCGCUGGUCAACAGCGCCCUGAUGCAGGCCGACGCCGUCAGGAUGAUUGGCAUCCGCAAGAAAGCCGGAGAGCCUCUGGGCGUGACGUUCCGCGUGGAGAAGGAGGAGCUGGUGAUCGCGCGCAUCCUGCACGGGGGCAUGAUCGACCGGCAGGGCCUGCUGCACGCCGGCGACAUCAUCAAGGAGGUCAACGGCAAGGACGUGGGCAACAGCGCCACCGAGCUGCAGGAGAUGCUCAAGGAGGCCAGCGGCAGCAUCACGCUCAAGAUCCUGCCCAGCUACAGGGACGCCGCGCCGCCACCGCAGGUCUAUGUCCAGCCCCACUUUGACUACAAUCCAGCCAAUGACAAUCUGAUUCCGUGCCGGGAGGCGGGGCUGGCCUUCAAGCGCGGGGACAUCCUUCAGAUCGUCAACCGUGAGGACACUAACUGGUGGCAGGCUUGCCAUGUUGUGGGGGGAGCCACGGGUCUUAUCCCCAGCCAGUUCCUGGAGGAGAAGAGGAAAGCAUUCGUACCCAGAGACUGGGAUGGUUCAGGUAUUCUCUGUGGCACCAUGACUGGUAAAAAGAAGAAAAAGAUGAUGUACCUCACCGCUAAGAAUGCAGAAUUCGACAGGCAUGAGUUGCAGAUCUACGAGGAGGUGGCCAAGAUGCCGCCCUUCCAGAGGAAAACGCUCGUCCUGAUUGGGGCACAGGGAGUCGGCCGACGCAGCCUCAAAAACCGAUUGGUCGUGCUGCAGCCUGAACGCUUCGGAACCACAGUACCAUUCACGUCGCGGCGGCCGCGUGACCAGGAGAGCGACGGCCACUCGUACCGCUUUGUGUCGCGGGGGGAGAUGGAGAUGGACAUCCGCGCCGGCCGCUACCUGGAGCACGGCGAGUACGACGGCAACCUCUACGGCACCCAGAUCGACUCCAUACACCAGGUGGUGGACACCGGACGCACCUGCAUCCUCGACGUCAACCCACAGGCGCUCAAAGUCCUGAAGACCUCAGAGUUCAUGCCCUACGUGGUGUUCAUCGCCGCUCCCGAGUUCGACACGUUAAAAGCUAUGCACAAGGCCGUGGUAGACGCUGGCAUCACCACCAAACAACUCACAGACGUGGACCUGAAGAAGACGGUGGAGGAGAGUGCGCGCAUCCAGCGGGCGUACCGCCACUACUUUGACCUGACCAUUGUCAACGACAACCUGGACGGCGCCUUCGAGACGCUGCAGGCGGCCGUGGACAAACUCUGCUCCGAGCCCCAGUGGGUCCCCGUCAACUGGGUCUACUGAGAACAGCGAGAUGACAGAGAAACUGGGGACUUAACUGACUGCACACAUAUACAGUACUUACCACACACACUAGUCUGUCUCACACUUGCCAACACACACAGACAUGAGUCAGAGUGAGUGAGGUGUGUGUGUGCGAGCAUGUGUAUUGUGUGAAUACCUCUUGGGAGAGUGUGAUAUGUGGGAGUGGUCAUCGUCUCUCCAACACACAUACACAUGUAUGUAGUGCACACUCUCAUCCACACAUGCUGUACAGAUAACACUGGUGUGUGCAUGUGUGUGUGUGUGUGAGAGGGUGCGUGUGUGUCUGUGUGUGAUUGUGGUGGAAUACCUCUGUGGAGUGGUGUGUGUUUUGGGGGGCAUGAUAUGAUUAUCCAUGAGCUACAUUACAACACCCACACCCCCACCCCCUACUCAUCCUGCCCACUCUUCUCCCUGUAUGACAUAGAAUCCCUCCCUCUACAUACAUACAUACAUACAUACACCCAUCCUCCACCACCCCCGUUUUUUGCAUAGUCUCGAUGAAGUGUUAUUUUCUACUGAAUCCGAAGUAUCUUUUAUUUAUUUAAAAAAAAUAUUUUCAAGCUUUUUAUGAGUAAAUAAGAAAAGAAAAAAAGAUAUUUCUAAUCGUGACAACAAGGAAUUCAAAAGGAGAGAAUCUGGAGAGAGCGAGAGCAGCUGUGUGUGAGAGAGCAAGUGGAUGAUUGUGUUCUCUAACUCUGAUGUUUGAGCGAGCGAGUGAGCGAGCGUGUGUGUGUAUGUGGGUGUGUAUCUUCUGUUUGUUGUAAUUCAGAAUCUUCCAGAACCCAAUGCUGGUAAUUAUUGUCCAUUUUUUGUGUGUUAUUGUUUCUUUUUUUCUUUUCUUUUUUUUGUUGUUUUUUUUGUGAACUAAAAAUGGUUACAAAAAAAGAAAUGCAUCUCGUAGCUUAAUCCAUUAAGGGCUUGACUGGAAUCGUGGAACAGUAGGCAAGGGGAAUGAGGGCAAAUGAACAAGAUGGACAGAACAGAGCGAACGAGAGAAGGAUGGAGAGAACAGAAACCGAGAGCGAGAAAGAGAGGCAAUGUUCCAGACCCCAAACAAAAGGCGCAAAACUUCAGAACUGUUUACAGUGGUGUGCUGUGUUGCGUUGCCAUGGUAAUGGUUGAGGUAUUUACUGAGCAGAAGCACAUUGCCUGAGACCUUUAGAUAACUGUGAUGUAGAUCCCUACUCUAGGUGGCGCUACAACAGGGCCAACAUUGUCGUUUGAACAUCGACGCUGGGUAGUUAUUAUAUUAGUACUACUGACGCAUGCCGUUUAAGUAUGUAAUGUUCCAGGAUGCAAGUACACAACGCAUUUCUAUCAGAAGACCUUAUUAUCGGCAGGAGCAUGUAACGAGGCUAGUGGCUAGUUAUUAUUACCAACGGAUGCUAGUUUGAGUUUGUUCCAGGAUACAACUCAACGCAUUUCUAUCAGAAGAACUUGUCACCGCCAUGUGGCAUGUAACAAUUCACAGUUUGUCCAAGUGACAACGUUAGGAGCUCAUCUCGUGACGUUGCUUGGCAACCAUGCUUUCAAAAAAGUUGGCCCUGUGUAUCGUCACCUUUUGAAGUGUCACCUCUGUUCUUUUGCCAGUUUAGUUUUUGUCUAACGUUUAGUUUUUGUCCCCCCGUGCAUGUCUCUUGACUGCGUGUGUGUGUAUGUGUGUGCGAGUGUCAUGCGUGAGGUGUUUUCUAGCAUUUGGUCUCAUCUCUUGUAUUGUUUUUAUUAUGUGUUUUAAAGAAAAGGAUACAAACAAAAAUCAAAAAAACACUAUUCGUCACCAGAUCACUUUAGUGUCCGACUCUAGUCAUCAGGUUUUUCGUUGUUCACCUUACAGUAGUCUGUCCUGUUUAGUUGAUUGUUUAUUUGUUUGUUUUUGUUACCUGUUUGUUUUUAAAGGAACCAAAGUCACCCAGUUUAGGACUCACUCGUUUUGUGUACCUUUUUGUUUACCAUAUUUGAUAUUCUGUAGAUUUUUUUUUUUAGUCUGUGACAUAGUCAAAAAUAAAAUGGUCCCUCACAAUCCUUUUACGCUGUGUCACACAAAACCUGUUUGCCAAAGCCAACGUGUCCGUCGAUGUGUUUGUAACUGGUUUCAGUUUUGUUCAUUUUUUUUGUUUGUUUUUUAAAUCCGUCUUACUACCCUCACUGGUACUGUAAUGGUAUUGUGUAUACCUCCUGUAUGCAACGCAAUAAAAUAAUUUUACCCUCUUGAUUUUA